GUGUGCAUCGUGCAGAAGAGAGACACGGAGAAGAUGUACGCCAUGAAGUACAUGAACAAGCAGCAGUGCAUCGAGAGAGACGAGGUCCGAAACGUCUUUAGAGAGCUGGAGAUUCUGCAGGAAAUUGAACAAGUGUUUUUAGUAAAUCUCUGAGGACAUGUUUAUGGUGGUGGACUUGCUCCUUGGUGGAGAUUUGCGAUACCACCUCCAGCAGAACGUUCACUUUUUGGAAAGCACCGUGAAGCUCUACAUCUGUGAAUUAGCCCUGGCUCUGGGAUACCUCCGCAGUAAGCACAUCAUCCACAGGGACGUGAAGCCCGACAACAUCCUGUUAGAUGAACAAGGCCACGCCCACCUGACUGACUUCAACAUCGCAACGAUCAUCAAGAAUGGAGAGCGAGCCACAGCGUUAGCCGGAACCAAGCCUUACAUGG